CAACACCUUUCCGGAGUGGAAGAAAACGGAAAGCGAAAGUAGAUCGCAUGCCAACGGAAUUCGCAAACUGCCAUAUCAAACUUUAAGUUGUUCUUGUUAUUGAAGAUGGCAACUGCUCUCCAAGAAGAUGUACCAGUACGUGUUCAAGCACAUGGUGUCAUACUGAAUUGUGACACAGUAAAUGCUAAGCUUGCCAAGGGACUUCGGACAUUAAUACUUGAAAAUGAGCAGCUUGAACUUAUUGUUAUGUCCCACAUGGCCAAAAAGAUGGAGGCAGCAAGGAACCUACUAGUUAUGGCUGGCAUUGACUCACGCCGUGUACUUCAAAAGUGCAGAGGAGAUGAUAUGAGAGGUUACAUACACUCAAAUCAAGACUCCAUGUUUAUUGUUGUUGGUGUUGUUAAUGAAGACAUGCAUUUGGCAGCCAAUACAAAAUCAUUGUUGAUUGCUGCAAAUUGGUGUCCACAAGUUGAAGAAAAGGUGACGACUUAUGGUAUACCAGCACGUUCACCAGAUAAUUUGGAAAAUAUCAUCAGAAUUGUACUUAAUCAGCGGGACUGGUUUUAUAGAGUUGGAUAUACUGACCACAAGGGUGUCCAGGUUAAAAUAUAUGGCCUGACAUCAGCCAAUACCUUUGCAAAAUAUUUGAAGACCAGAGAAGAAGGGCAAAUUGCCCAGAAAAUACAAAAUGUAUUGAAGGAUGGGGAUGACAAUGAAGAAGUAAAACACAAGUUAUUACUUCAUCUACUAGCAGCAAUACAGCACACACCUGAGUUCAGAGAGGUCGAAGAUUGGGCUAUUGCACCUUCUUCUGGGACCUCAAGAAAUGAAAUCCUGUGGUGGCUGAAAGAGCAUUUGAGGAAGUUGAUGUAUGGCAGAAAAGAAGAACAGAUGUUUAUCAGGUGGAGUGAUGUUCCAAAAGCUAGGCAUGCAGAUGGGAGAAAUAACACAGGGUUUAUAAAGCGUGAUUUCAAAUCUAUUAAGUUGUCCUCUGUUGGACGCUACACUGGAAAAGGGUCAAAGUCAAAGUUGAAGGGUAGAGUAGUGUGCAUCAUUGAUGAUUAUACUACGUCUGGGAACAUCUUUGAGGCUCUGAGGAAUAUGCUGUCAGCGUGUGGAGUAAAGAAAGUUAUCUGUUUGGCAAUUGGAAAGUUUAGGCAUCCUAGGGAAUCCAAAUACAAGGUUCAGAAUUAUGAUUUGUCAGGGUUUGAUUUGUUUCAAGAAAUGAAGGAAGAAGCUCAGAUUAACCUUGUUGGAGAGGAAGAAGUAGAUGUUAUCUUUAAUGAGGAAGCACAGUUUGAACUAGGUAGGCUUAAUUCUCUGUGAGUAAAAGGAGACUAUAAUUACACCAGUGAAAUCGAAUUGUUUUACGAAAUGUUGACAAUCAAGCUAAACAGGGGUAGGGGAGUAAGGGUACAUGUUUUAUGAUGUGUUUGAAAAUCACCAAUUAUUUUUUAAAAUGUUACUGUCUUGAUUCAAUGAUAAUUUAGAAAAUGUUUACACAUACAUUAGUAUGUGAAAUGGUAAAGAGCAGAUUUUGCUUAUCAUUUUGUAUUGUGACUGUCUGUGCUUUAUUGGCAAUUUUAUUAUACACAUUUUGGUGUUAUGAAUGAAAGUGUUAGACAAAUAUUAAUUAUCGUUGAGUACAUAUACUUGUACACUGGGAAAGAUAUAAUCAUUAAUUAUCGUUGAGUACAUAUACUUGUACACUGGGAAAGAUAUAAUCAUUAAUAGUAUUUGAUAUUUCAUUAAUUAUACAUAGCAGUAUAUAUUAUUAUGAAAUUUCUUACAGUUAUAUUAGAUUGAUAUUUGUACUGUAGGUAAUGCCUGAAUGCUUUUGGUAUACUGCAUUUUUUUGUUGCAGUAGCUAUACAUUUUUUUUUACAAUUUAUAUAAGGACAUAAUUUUAUUGAAAAUGUAUUGCAAUCCAUGUGGUGGAAACUACAGUAUAACAAAGUCAUAAUAUAUCAUUUUUAAUGACUGAGCUUGAUUUUUAUUUGAUUUAUAUGAAUGAACUAAUUUUUAGAUAUACAAGAAGGCUGCUUUAGGUAUUUUAUACACUUUGUUCAUUGUACAGUGCAUAGGUCAUUAUGUACACUGUACGUCAAUGUAUACAUGUAAUUCUUUCUUCUAGGAUUUUUAAAAAACAUUUUAACUUGACCCGGUAUUUUUUUAUGAAAACUGUAUUACAAGUGUUUAAGGUGCUCUAUGUGCUGCAUGCUUCUAUAUCUUUUACUUACUGUAUUUGUAAGUGUUGCGUCAGCCAUUUGUGAUCGUGGUAAUAUAGUUGAAAAUGGAAUACUGCAUGGUUUGUCACAAAAUCGCGUUAUGUGGGUCUCAGUCACCUACUGUACAGGUGCUAUGGCGUACCAAGUCACGUACAUGCACAUGUUGUUGUCACGUGCCAUUGCUAAUUAUAUGUUAUAUACAAGUCAUUGCUAAUUAUGUGUUAAUUUUUGCUUUUUUUGUAUUAUAUUAUAUUAUAUAUGGGGUACGUGUAAUCUGAAGAUGAACAGAUAGUAUAGCAAGAUGAUUAAUGUAGCAUUGUAUCAU